GUUCAUGUUUACAACUAACAGGUGUACUUAUUUGUGUUAUAACUUCCAACACAUUAAAACGAGUAGAUAACUGUCUUACAUUAUUUUUUUCAUAUACUAAAAAGUCUAAUUGAAAAUAUAGGUAAUCGAAAAGCUCUUCAUUAAGAUGGAUGCAUAUAGGUAGACGUACCUAUACAAGGUUAGCACCGGUCUCAUUUACUUAAGUAAGAACUAUUACUGUUGUUCAGUUAUCUCUAUAGUCUAUAUAGGUAGGUACUGUUGUUAUAUUGAAUAUAUUAAGUGCAUUUAUUAAUUACAACAUCAUGGCUAAUAUUCUAUUUUUCACUUCCAUAAUGCUUCUAAGUUUUUACUUAACGGAACAAACAAAAUCCUCACACGAUAACAUGAUUGCCAAUUCAGACAUAAAAACUAAUACAUUGAAGUCCGUAGAAAAUUUUGGUCCCAAUUCAGGGGAAGAAGAAAAUAUUAUGAUGUUGUUAGGAACAAGAGGAGUUGAAGCCGCUACUAAAUCAAAAAAGCCGUACAAAAUCCGCAAUCCAAGGUACGUAAUAGACAACCAGAAUCACAAGGAAUUUGACGCGAGAAAACGCUGGCCUCAAUGCAAAACAAUUGGUGAAGUCUACAAUGAAGGAAACGCCCUCUUGUCUUGGGCCUAUGCCACCACCGGAGUAUUUGCAGACAGAAUGUGCAUAGCGACUAAUGGAAGUUACAACAAACACCUCUCCACCGAAGAGCUAAUUUCCUGCAGUGGUAUAAAAGCUAGUGCUAAUGGUUGGGUUCGUGAUGGCCUAGCUUGGGAAUAUUUCAAAACUCACGGCUUGGUAUCUGGUGGCAGUAUAUACAACACUAACGAUGGAUGUCAACCUUCCAAAAUUCCACCAGUUUGUAACCUGCCAACUAAAAUAAACAAACGUACAUGCGUCGACUACUGUUACGGUAAUGAUACGAUCAAAUACAACCAUGAUCACGUGAAAGUAAGAUACUACUAUCAUGUUAAACCCAAAGAUAUUCAAAAGGAAGUGCAAACUUACGGUCCGGUCACAGCAGCUUUAAACCUUUACGACGACAUUUUUCUUCACAAAAGUGGUGUUUACACACUAACAAAAAAUGCGAAAUACGUGAGAUUGCAAUAUGUCAAGUUGAUUGGAUGGGGAGUUGAAAAUGGUGUAGACUAUUGGUUGUUAGUAAACUCUUGGGGCAAUGAAUGGGGCCAGAAUGGACUUUUAAAAAUCAAAAGGGGCAAAUAUGGUUGCGCCGUCGAAUCUUUUGUUUAUGCAGCUGUACCUAAAAUAAAAUAAUAUUAUGUUCUUAUAAAAUAAUAUUUGUCAUUUUAAACCAAUUUGAAACAGCAUUCUAAUACUUAAAAACAAAUUAUUCGACUGUAUUUAAUAAUAUAAUAUUGUAUUCAACGUUUACUGUUAUUUUAACAAUAAUAUAACUUACAAGUGUAUUAUUACAUUGAAAAUGUAAUAAAAGGUUUCUCGUAAGUUGUUUUUAAUGGAAAUUAAAAAAAAAAAAGUUGAGCG